GUAGACGGCAGCAACGCACGUCACGCUGGAUGCCAGCCGCCUUAAAAACCCAAGAAGGGAAUGAUGGGGUGGUUAGGUUCCGUGCACACAAUACAACAUCUAUCGGGAUAUUUAUUUGGCAAACCAUUGUUGGACUUCGACUCAUGUUUAUCUUCUUGAAAAACAAUAGCCUACCUGUAGCCUUUUGCCAAAUGGACUCUACCAUGUCCUGAGAAUUAGAUUUUGCAACCUAUUUGCGGAUAACUGCUACAGUGUGGAUGUUGUAAACAAUGAGCGUUUUCAUCUGGAUCACUGGUAGAUAAUCUGGGAUUCAUACACAUACAAUAUUUAACGGGAUUGCAUUAGGUUCAAGGCAAUAAAUAUGUCCAAAAUUGAACGUCUGAAUGCCCGAGUGGAAAAGCUGCUGUCUAAAGCUGUGCAGGAGGUUCUGGAGGUGGUGAAGGAGACAGUGUCCGAGUACCAGGAGAAAACUGUCAGAACACAGAGAGAGAACCAGAGUCUGAAGAGGAGGCUGCAGGAGCUCCAGGAGAAACUAGAAACCAAUGGAAGUGUGCCACAAAUUCCCCCUGCAGCCCAGCAGGCGGAUGCAGAGCUGCAUCUGAUGGAGCAGAAACAGAAAGAGGAGCGGGAAGAGGACAUUGAUCUCCUCCCCUCUGAUAAGGACAUUGCAGUAAUCUGUCCUUCAUAUUCAUUUGAAGACCUUGACUGUGAAGCAUCCAUCCCAUUAUUAGUCAACCCCUGUGUCUCCCCUAGAGCUACGACAGGACCCCAUUUAGGUGGCGAUGACUUCAACAAUCCAAGAGCUCUUAAAAGGGAGACUGAUCAUGGACUGUCAGCACCUAUUUCAAAUCAUGUUGUUACAAUCUCUGAAAACGAUCAUAAAAUGAAAGUAGAGCCUACGUCGAAAGAAGACGCCAUGCGCAACACCAAUUAUUUUCAUGGUGAUGCUGGUACGAGCGCUACAUCCUCACACAGACUAAACCUAGAGCCUCCUCAAGCCAAUCCAGGACUCUACACUGAGUCAGGGGUUGUCUUCCGUGUGGAGCAAAAUGGCAUAGAAGAGCCUCUAUCCCAAAGAUACAACAAUGCCAACAGUGUUGCCGAAAAACACACCAUUCAAACUAGCACAAAAGUGGGCGCUUCAGGCUCAAGUGGGUUCCAGAGAAACAGCAGAAAACACUACUGCUGCUCGCUCUGUGGUCGCACCUUUAGGCACGCCGGCGACUACAAGAAACACAACAGGGUGCACACGGGGGAGAAGCCCUACUGCUGCUCGGUGUGCGGGAAGCGCUUCAGUCAGUCGGGCUACCUGACGGUGCAUCUGCGCUACCACACAGGAGAGAAGCCGUUUGGCUGCAGUCAUUGUGGGAAAAGUUUUAGUCACUCAAGUAACAUGAAGAAACACCAGCAGACUCAUCUGUGAGGCUUCCGUAUCCAGAAUGUCUCUAUACAUAUGCUUUUAAUAUUUAGGGGAUGGACAGUGAAUAAUAAAAGUGGCAAAGUGCUGAAUUCUCAAAGUUUAAUGUCAAGCCAUCUUUUAUGAGCAUUUUUGUCAGCUGAGCGUAUUGCAAUCCUAUUUAGAAAGGGAUGUAGCUUCAAGAGUGUGACAUGGAAAAGUAAUUGUGCCUUAUUUUAUCAAAACACGACGCUUAUUGUAGAGCACAUGUCAAUUUACAAUCUAAUAUCAAGCACAAUCUAAUAAUUCCUACUGUUUCUGCUAAAUGGGCCUACUACUGUUUGUCCAAUUUCCAAAUCAAAUAAAUGUUUAAAUUUC